CUGUCAGGCGGGGCGGCGGGAGGUGCCCCACGGUGUGGCUGCGGCAGGCGGGCGCUCCGUCCCCAUGGGCAGCCGGGCGGCGGACGGCGCGGGCAGCGAGCGGCCCCCAGAUGGUGAUGUGUCAGAAGCACUUGGUGAGGAAUCAAGAGGGUUUACCAGAGAACAGCUAUUUACGCUGGCUGCGACAGCUUCUAUAAACUUCAGUUCAAUGAUAUGCUACUCAAUCCUGGGACCCUUUUUCCCUUCAGAGGCAGAAAAAAAAGGUGCCAGUAACACCAUUGUUGGCCUGAUUUUUGGAUGUUUUGCUUUGUUCAAUUUCUUGUCUUCUUUAAUCUUGGGAAAUUAUCUAACACACAUUGGAGCAAAAUUCAUGUUUGUGGCAGGGAUAUUUGUUUCAGGAUGUGUGACCAUUCUGUUUGGAAUGCUGGACAAGGUGCCAAGUGGACCAAUGUUCAUUGGUUUUUGCUUUUUAGUAAGAGCAAUUGAUGCAAUAGGUUUUGCAGCAGCAAUGACAGCAUCGUUUUCAAUCCUUGCAAAGGCGUUUCCCACUAACAUAGCUACUGUCCUGGGCAGCCUUGAAAUUUUUUCAGGACUCGGACUGGUGCUGGGCCCACCUUUAGGUGGUUUUUUGUAUCAAUCAUUUGGUUAUGAGGUCCCUUUCAUUACUCUGGGAUGUAUAGUGUUGGUUUUUGUACCUAUGAAUAUGUGCAUACUACCAAAAUACGAUUCAAUCCCUAGCAAGGAAUCCUUUUGGAAGCUUAUACGUCUACCAAAAGUCUUAGUACUCUGUCUCACUAUAUUUUCUCUAAGUGCAUGUUUGGGCUUUUUGGAUCCCACAAUGUCUCUAUUUAUUCUACAGAAGUUCAAGCUCCCAUCUGGUUAUGUGGGCUUGGUGUUCCUUGGUUUGGCACUCUCAUACUCCUUGUCUUCUCCUCUCCUUGGACUUGUAAGCGACAAACUGCCAUACAUCAGGAAGUGGCUGCUGAUAGCUGGAGGCUUACUGACAGCACUGUCCUUCUUCAUGUUAGGACCUGCUCCAGUGUUGCACAUUGAAAGUCAGCUGUGGAUGUUUGUGCUAGUGCUGGUUUUGAUUGGCUUUUCCAUUGGCAUGAGUGCUAUUCCAGUGUUUCCAGAGAUACUGCAAUGUGCAUAUGAGAAUGGAUUUGAAGAAGGCCUUAGUCUGCUGGGACUGGUGUCUGGACUCUUCAAUGCCAUGUGGUCCCUUGGAGCAUUUGCAGGUCCCAUUCUGGGAGGAUUUCUAAAUGAAAAGCUGGGUUUUGAAUGGGCCGCAGCCAUCCAGGGAGGAUGGGCACUGUUAAGUGGCCUUGUUACUGGAAUAUUCUAUAUCAUUGAGGCAACAAGGAAAAGUUCCAGCCUGCAAAAUUCUCCUGGUAAUAAUGAAGAAAGAACUCAUCUCAUGGGCAGUGAAACAUAACCAGACACACUUUUAAUUCUCUGUUUACUAUUGUGGUUUAACCUAGUAUUGAGGUGACUGGACUUAAGAGUGCUUCAUUAUUCUGGAGCUGUGACAUGAUCCCUUACUGAACAACCAGUUGUGGUUUAUUUGUAGCUACAUUACUGUUUUGAAACACUAAACACUGACUGCCUUUCUUUUGGAAGUUCUCAUAAGUGAUGAAUAACCCUCAGCUGUCAGCCUGUUUAAUUGUGUUCCAUGUACAGUGCACUGCUGUAUGUGAAGAGACAUGUUUUCAAAUGUCUGAUUUCUAUACUUGUGUGUGCUGUGCAUUAUUCUUCGAUAAAGGUCCUAUUUUGCUACCAUGAUUUUCUGUACCUUUUUAAGGGAAGUUCAUUAUCUUGUAAUACUGUAACUGAUAACAUAAAACAUUGAGACAGAAUUUGAAAUUACAAAGCAUUACAAAGCACAAUAUUAUUUUCAAUAAAGCAACUUUUUUCCUAAGUUUUGUAAAUUUUCUUAGAAAACUAAAGUCCAAAAGACUUUUUGUCUACCAGUAUGUGUAUUAUCUUGAGAGUGCCUGAAGAUAGGAGGCAAAAGUAAUGAAGAGAAGAGUUGCCAUGUCUACACAGAACCAACUGAUCUUCAAUCCUGGAGGAGAUUUGGCAUCUUCUGUAUGUGUGUGUAUACACACAUGCACAGAUAUAUGUAUGUUUGUAUUAUAUAUGAAGACUCAGCUUGGUGUGUGUGAGAUUUAUAUUGCUAAUAAAUCCUACCUGGAA